UGACAACGAAGUAAACAAUAUGGCGGACAAGUUACUUUCCCAUCUUUAAUCUGCGCCACUAUGCAUCACUUGUAAUAUGCACUGAUCUGAAUAGAAAUACAUGCACAAAGUUCAUCUAAGUUGUUUCCAUUCGUCAUGCCAAAAAAAGUGGGGAAGAAGAAAGGAAAGAAGAAAUCGAGCAAGUCUGUUGCUGACCGCGAAAGAUCCCUUCAGCUGGGCACUGUACCGAACAAAACCAUGGUGCAACAUAUGGCAUCUGAGACACUGAGUGUAGCAGGUAGCAGUCGUGGCGGUACGUCCUCGAGAGAAAGGGUAAGCCUUAAGACUCUAAUCUGAGUGAUUGACCAAAGUUUACGCUCUUCUGAAUAUGGUAGCAUUUUUGAAACUUUGAAAUUUACAAAAUUGCAUUUUACAAACAUUGCCUUUUAGGAAAGCUGAAUUAAAAUUGUAGAUCACAUUUUUGUCCCUCUUUUAGAAAAUCAUGUAAGCGUCAGUUUGUAAUUGUUGGGUUACUUCAGUUAAGUUUAGUUUUCCUUGUAAGUUUUUAAUUUAUUAACAACCAGUUCUUUCAAUAUAACUCAGAUUUUGUAGAUUCAGUUGUAUUCACGUUAACUUAAACAUUUGCCAGGAAAGUCAAAUUUUAUAAUGUUUAAUUUCCUCUUGGUGGGAAAUAGCUGUCACUCACUUUUAAUAGAGCCUUGAUCGAGCGAUUGACUAAUUUAGGGAUCGACUGACUGAAGUUUUUAGGUAAGCGUACGAAUAUAUUCAUUAGUGUUUGAGUAAUACUCGCAGAUGUUUUCAAGCCUGUAAGCAUUUCCUAAGUACACCUCUCUUUGUGAUAUUUUGAUUAGCUGUCCCAAGCUUUGUUUGAAGCUGAACUGCGGAACCAAAGGAGAUUUAUGAAGGGAAGAGUCACAACAAGAGCAUAUGAACAACUUACACCACAGGAGAUCAGAGAUCUUAAGUUGGUCUUUGAUGUAUUUGAUACAGACAAAAGUGGGUUAGUAUAUUGUUUAUAUGUACAAGUACCUCACAGAAGUCUAUUGGUUGAUCCUGAGUAAAACUGAUUGGGUCAUUGAGUUUAAUCAUGUAUUAUUCUGAUAAAUAUUUUGUAUGGAAAACCAUUUUCUUAGUUCCCACUGGCCAUUAAACUUUAAUUUUGGUGCAAAAUAUUGCUUAUCAAGGAAGUCUGUUCCUUUUUUGGUGAUAAAAAUUCAACUGUAUUCACUCUUCCCUGUCAGUAUUUAAUACUAUGGGGAUAAUUUGUGGAUCAACCAGGAUAUGAAAAAUUUUAACCAUUUUUGUAUUGUUAAACUAAUUAAUUUUUAUAACCUUUAUAUCUUAGGUCAAUUGAUGCUCGAGAACUUAGAAAGGCUAUGAGAGCGCUAGGGUUUAAGAUUUCAAAAGAAUCUAUAGAGGACAUGAUAGGUAAGCAAGUGUGCUAUUUAAUGAUUCAUCUGUUGAUCAUCUGAAAGGCCUCAAGCUGUCACUAAAUGUCUCUUGCUUACUGAGUUCAAGCUUGGUACUGUGAGCUACAGACCUGGGUUUUCCACUCAAAUCUAUUGCCCAAGUGAGAAGCAUGUAAGCAGUAAAUCAUACAUACCAGAAAGAUCUCUGCCAGAAAUUAUACUUUCAGUUGAAGUUACUUGCUUGAUUGACAAUAACUGUUACAAUCAUUUUUUUUUGUUUUUAUUUUAAACAGCUGACUUGGAUAUUGACAAAUCUGGGUAAGUUUUCUUCUCCUUGGCUUAGCCUGCAAAGCAGCCCUUUCUGUCUCCUUUUUAGCCAAGGAAGAAAAAAAUGAGUUGAAUUAAGGCAAGGGGAGGGGUAGGGAGAGUGAAGUUUAACAGCAGCUCUAAGACAUCUUCAACCAACCAUAUUUAUCUAGGCUGGGUACCCAUUCUCUGGAAGUCUAAGAGAAACUGACUUUGAGACAACAUGACAUUACUAUAAGUAUAGUAAUUGUUUAAUUGUGAUAGAAGUUAACAAACCAUGUCAUCAAAAUUUCUCAUUUUUUUUUUUUUUUUUAAUCAGCUGCACACGACUAAAUAAGUGGAUGUGGUUUCAGGACACUAAUGUUACUUUACCUUUUUUUUUUGCUUAUUUUUGCUUACAGAUCAAUUGAAUUUGAUGAGUUCUUGGAAUUCAUCAUUGCAAGACAGGGGGAUGGCAGAGAUGUACACAAUGAAAUUGUCCAAGUAUGUAAGAGGCUCGGAAUGAUAUAUUGUUUGCAAUUGUUCUGAAAAAUUUGCAAUAAUUGCUAACGUGACCAUUCAGUUUACUCUUUCAUUGCCUUUUUUAUCAGAUUCUCAAGGCAGGAACAGUGAGAUUUUAUUUUGACUAAUGCACAGUAUGCAAUUAAUGGGAGUUAAAAAAACUUUUAAUAAGUGCUGGAUUGUAAUUUGUGGUAUAUCAUGCUUUUCAUUACCUUUCUUAUGACUUGAUUUACUAUAAUUAUUGUUUCCUCUAGGGUUUCAAGAUGUUUGACACAGGUGAGCCACUUUCAUGAAAAUAAACUACGGUACUUUUAAUUUUUUUUGUCAGGUUUUUGGGACAUUGCAUGAAUUAUACUCUCAACACUCUUUGAGCCAUAAAGGGGACUACACUGUAGUCUUUCUCCUCACAAUUUCACUCAUUAAGGUCAUGAGAAUAAAGGAAGAGAUCACUAACUUAAGAAGCUGUUGAUUGUUAACAAACUCUCCUGGUCAGCCCUUUAGGAAAUGUGUAGAGGACAGUCUAGAGAGUAUGAAUACUGAUUUUAGGUUAUCACUGGUUCAGUUCUCAUGUGCUUAAAGCAAAUGCAAAGUGCCUUAACAGUACAAUAGAUCUAACUACUCUUGAAAGUGCAACUUUGAAGAAGCCAUCCACUUCUGCUCUCUCAGUUCUUGAGCAUUUCUCAGUUCUUUGAGCAUUCAUUUUUAGUUAUAUCUUCCAAGGAAUGAUGACAAUAUCAGCUUAAAGAUAUGAUAUCUAUUCAGUCAGGAAUUCACAUUGUUGCCAUAUACUUGUAAAUAAAUCACAACUUAUAAAGAAACACAUAAUGUUUUAUAUAUUUUUUCAAUUUCCAGACAAGACAGGGAAAAUAUCAUUAAAUAAUCUGAAACAGGUGUCCAGGCUGUGUGGUGUAAAGUUGAAUGAACAGGAACUCAAAGAAAUGAUACAAGAAGCUGAUAAAGAUGGUGACAAUGAAGUGGAUCAGGAAGAAUUUGUGAGCAUGAUGCUAAAAACUAACUUGUUUAGUACAUAA